AUGACCACUUCCUACAUUGUGACAGGUGCCAACAGAGGUAUUGGAUUUGCAUUGGUGAAGAAACUCUCAGAAGAUAAGGACAAUGUCGUGGUUGCUACCUCGCGUUCGUUAGAGAGGGCAGAAGAGCUUAGGAAGUUGAACAAAUCCAAUGUUGAAAUCAUUCAAUUGGAUCUCAAUGACUCUUUGGAUGAAUUGAAGGCAGCUCUUGCCAAACUGAAGUUCUUGGCCAAGUACGGCGUUGACGUAUUCAUUCAAAAUGCUGGAAUUGGAUUCGUGCCAAAAUCGCCUGACUACACCAUUGACCAGUCAAUUGAAUCGUAUUCCCACUUUUUCGAGGGAAACACUUUGUCUUCAGUUAAAUUUUAUCAGGCAAUCUAUCCAUAUUGGGUGAAGGAACAUGCUGGUGUUACUAAGAAAGGUAUUUACGUUUCUUCAGGUGUGGGUUCUAUUGGGGGACUCUCUUUCAACUCGUUUGGUUAUGGAAUGUCAAAAGCUGCAUUGAAUUUCCAUGCCAAACACACAUCGUUCGAGCAUUCCAAUAGCGAGGACCCCAUUUUGAAGAGCUCGAUAACUAUUGUCGUUAAUCCUGGUCUUGUUCUGACGGACAUGGGUAAACCCGCAGCUGAGGUGUUUGAUCUUGAUCCUAUAACUCCAACUUUCAGUGCAGAAAGUUUGGUGAAGGUGAUCGAUGGCUUGUCAAUUGAAGAUAAUGGAGAAUUCUACAACUACGACGGCACGAAGAAUAUCUUUUGA